AUGACCUUCGGACCGAAGACCACCUCGCUCGACUGCGGCCUCGGACAUGCCUGCCAGUUUUGUCCCGAAGAAACGCAUUGCACUCUGGACAAGCCUCUUCACAACAAGCGUCUCAUCGAAAACCGCCUUGAGGAAAUCGGCCACAUCAUCGUGGUGCUCGCAAACAAGGGUGGUGUCGGCAAGAGCACGGUGUCGGCCAAUCUUUCCGCCGGCCUUGCCAGGCUCGGCUUUCGGGUCGGUGUUGCCGAUGCCGAUAUCCACGGUCCGAACCAGAGCCGGUUUUUCGGAUUUGCCGGUGGACGGACCCGCACGACAUAUGACGGCCUGAAGACGCUGGCUUUCGAAGCGGACGGUAUAUCCCAUCCGGUGAAAGUCGGAUCGCUGGCCUUCAUGCUGGAGGAUGACAGCACACCAGUAGUCUGGCGCGAUGCGUACAAACACGACUUCAUCCAUCACCUGAUCGGAAGUUUCGACUGGGGAUCGCUCGACUAUCUGGUGGUCGACAUGCCACCAGGCACAGGAAAUGAGCUGAUUACGCUUUGCGACAUGCUUGAAGGAUCGGACGUAUCUGCCGUCCUGGUCACCACGCCGCAGGCGGUUGCGCAAAUGGACAGUCUCAAGGCGGGCCGGUUCUGCAAUGAACGUGGGCUUCCCGUGAUCGGUGCCGUUGAAAACAUGGCAGGGAUCGUGUGUCCGCAUUGCAGCGAAGAGUUCCAUCUGUUUCCUGAUGCGGGUCUUGGCGAAGCGCUCGAGGGACUGGGAAUAAGCCGUCUUGCGGCUAUCCCGCUUGCCCCCGAGCUCGCCAUGGGGUCGGACACCGGUCAGCCCGUGGUUACCGAGCGACCGGAAAGUGCGGUGGCGCGCGCAUUCGAGCCAUUGAUUGAGGCUGUUGCCGCUACCGGACGUGCCGGAUUCGAUGCAGCAGUUGCGCAUACUCUUGGCGAGGUGUUCCAGACAAAUCUCGAGGAUGAAGCGCUGCGAACCGCAUUGGCGGAUCUUCCGGCAGGUCAGCAGGAAGAGCUGGGUGACGAGAUUGCAGCUUUGCUGAGCCAGGAGACAGGCAGGCUGCGGGACAUGACAGGGCGAAACGGAGCUGAAUGA